GGGGAUCCUGAAAAACUAUUUAAUAAAUAUCCUCAAAAUGUCGGGGCGAUCAGUUCGUGCUGAGACACGUAGUCGUGCUAAAGACGAUAUCAAGAAAGUGAUGGCAGCGAUCGAAAGGGUCCGUAGAUGGGAGAAAAAAUGGGUAACUGUAGGUGACACCUCACUACGGAUAUUCAAAUGGGUGCCUGUAACAGAUACAAAACAGAUAUACAAGACAAAAGGUACAAGUGUUGGAAGAGACCUUAAAGGCCUCCCUACUGAUGUGGUUCUGGAAAAUGCACGCUCAGUCCUACUGGAUUUUCAGGAUGACAACAGUAACCAGAGUUUCCUGUCUGAUGCAUACCAGACUAGUGCUAAAGUGGACAGUAGCAGUAACUCCAGCCCACAGCAUGCCAGUGGAGCUGUCAGUCCUUCCCACAAUUCCUUCUUCCGUACAGAAGACUCACAGCCUCCCACACUAGGACAGGAAGCCAUGGAGGAGCCGUCACUGACCAGCUGUGAAGGCACUGACGAGCCCCCCACUCUGAUAAAGGAAGACUUGCUGUCUGCUCAGGAGGAGGAUGUAGUUGCGGGAGCUCCACCACUUAAACGGGUUUGCACAGAACAAAACUCCACCCUUAGUUAGUGCUACUAUAAUAUUCUACUCUGGUUAUCCUUUAUUCUUGACUGGAUAU